AUGGCUCAUUCCGCUCAACAGCCAGAAAAAGCAUUGGGAUUGUCGCCCUUUGCACUUGACUUCCUCAUGGGAGGAGUGUCUGCUGCCAUUUCCAAGACCGCAGCGGCCCCCAUUGAACGAAUCAAGCUCCUUAUCCAGAACCAAGAUGAGAUGAUCAAAGCUGGUCGCUUGGAUCGAAGAUAUGGCGGCAUCGGGGAGUGUUUCAGACGUACAAUAGCCGAUGAAGGAUUUCUCAGUUUAUGGCGUGGCAAUACCGCCAAUGUAAUUCGAUAUUUCCCAACGCAAGCACUUAAUUUCGCUUUUCGCGACAAAUUCAAGAGGAUUUUUGGCUAUCAGAAAGAUCGUGAUGGAUAUUCCAUGUGGAUGGUGGGAAAUUUGGCAUCUGGAGGCCUUGCUGGAGCAACUGGGCAGCUCUUUGUGUACUCUCUCGACUACACGCGAACUCGGCUGGCGAAUGACGCAAAGAAGGGAGGGCAGCGCCAAUUCAGCGGUUUCAUCGACGUAUAUCGAAAGACAUUGGCAUCAGAUGGUAUCGUCGGUCUCUACCGCGGCUUCUUUCCUUCCGUGAUUGGCGCUGUUGUGUAUCGCGGUCUUUACUUUGGCAUGUAUGACUCUUUCAAACCACUUGUUCUGAUGGGAGCUCUAGAAAACAACUUUCUGGCCUCUUUCUGCCUAGGCUAUCUUGUCACCACGGCGGCGGGUAUCGCUGCCUACCCUCUCGACACAAUUAGGCGGCGAAUGAUGAUGACCUCAGGAGAAGCAGUCAAGUAUAAAAGCUCGUUCCAUGCAGCCAAGCAAAUUGUUGCAAGUAAUGGCGUACGUGCUCUCUUCAAUGGUGCGGGAGCUAAUGUUCUACGCGGUGUCGCUGGCGCUGGCGCGUUGUCGAUCUAUGAGCAACUACAAUUGAUUCUUUUCGGGAAAACAUUCAAGGGAGAAUAG